AUGGGCCAACUUACCACUUUAGCUACUUGUAAUUUGAAUCAAUGGGCGCUUGAUUUCGAAGGAAAUCGGGACAGGAUUAUCAGAAGUAUUGAAUUGGCGAAGGAAAGAGGAGCAUCGCUCAGAGUGGGGCCGGAAUUAGAAAUCACAGGUUAUGGAUGCUUGGAUCAUUUCGCCGAGAAUGAUGUAUUUGAUCAAUCGUGGCAAAUCUAUGGAGAGUUAUUGAAUCAUCAAUCUACUUCUGACAUUAUUUUAGAUAUCGGUAUGCCUGUUGUCCACAAGUCUAUCAGAUACAACUGCCGGAUUAUUAGUUAUAACAAGAAGAUUCUACUCAUUCGGCCUAAAUUGUACCUCGCAAACAACGGCAACUAUAGAGAAAUGCGAUACUUUACUCCAUGGUUGCGUCCAAGAUACUACGAGAGUUUCUUGUUGCCAAAAGAGAUUCAGGUUAUUACAGGCCAAUCUUCUGUCACAAUAGGUGACUGUGUUGUACAGACGCCGGACACAAAAAUUGGAGCUGAAACUUGCGAGGAGCUUUUCACUCCGAAAUCACCCCAUAUUGCUAUGGCAUUGGAUGGUGUUGAAAUCUUUACCAAUUCCUCAGGCUCCCAUCACGAGCUUCGGAAGUUGAAUACAAGAAUGGAGUUGAUCCUCGGGGCGACAAAGAAAUGUGGGGGUGUUUACUUGUACGCUAACCAAAAGGGCUGUGAUGGCGACCGACUUUACUACGAUGGCUGUGCGUCUAUCAUUGUCAAUGGAAAGAUGGUAGCACAAGGAAGCCAAUUCUCCUUAGACGACGUCGAAGUUGUCACAGCUACUAUUGAUCUAGAUGACGUUAGAGCAUAUCGCAAUCAGAUGUCCGCCGCACUUCAGUCUGUCGCUGAAUCACUUGCUUAUCAUGCAAUCCAAACCCAUGUAAGCAUUUCGUCGGCAGUCGAUAUGUUUGACCCCACAAUUGCAGUUACUGGGCCCAUGGAUGUCCAAUACUCCACACCAGAAGAAGAAAUUUCUCUUGGUCCAGCGUGCUGGCUUUGGGAUUAUUUAAGGAGGUCUAAAACUGGCGGGUUUUUCCUUCCUCUCAGUGGAGGAAUUGACUCUUGUGCAACUGCAGUUAUUGUCCACUCCAUGUGUAGAUUGGUAGUGCAAGCAAUUGAAAGAGGGAACGAUGAUGUUCUUCACGAUUUGAGAGCUUUGGUACACGAUAGUUCGUUUCGGCCAACAAUUCCGCAAGACGUUGCAGGAAAACUUUUCUACCUGUCUUUCAUGGGUACGUCCAAUUCGUCAAACGAAACCCGUGAUAGAGCCAAACAGUUGGCUUACGACUUAGGCUCCAAUCAUGUUGAUAUGAACAUGGACACUCUUGUGUCGGCAGUGAUCCAAAAAACCUCGCUUUACAGAACAUUCAAGCUCGACUUAGAAUGGUUUUGA